AGACUAAGGGACAUAGGCCUUAACCUAGACCUUAAGAAAUAUAUAUUCAUAGUAAAGAAAGUUAAGUACCUAGGGUAUAUCGUAGAGGCUAGGGUCUAUAUUCGCCUUAACCCUAAGAAGAUCAAGGCCAUUUACGACUUCCUAGGAUUCGCUAAUUUCUAUCACGACUUUAUUCCUAACUUCUCUAAAAAGGUAGCCCUAUUAAUAUACUUCACCUAUAAGAACGUCCUCUUCCGCUAG